AUGUCGUCCUCGUCGUCGUCGGCGAUGCUCGUGCCGCCCAGCGGGCACCUCGAUCAAGCGCUCGCCACCAUCCGCCAGGCCGCCCUCGACUUUGUCACCCCGGACCCGCAAGCCAGGGCCCGCGGCGAGGCCACCUUCCUCGCCCUCCGACACUCGGACCGCGCACUCGAGUACGCCUGCUACGCACUCCAGCAUGUCGAAGCCGCAGACCCGCUCGUCCUCUUCCAGUCCCUCAACGCCCUCCUCUACGUCCUCCCCUCGCUGCCGCUGCACAGUGCCGCCGACGGCCGCGCCUCGCUGGCCCAGCUGCGCGACUUUGUCCUCUCGUUUGCCGUCUCGCGCGGCCCGCACGCCGCCUCGUCAUGGCCCCAGUACCUCCGUUCCCGCGCCCACCAGACCGCCAUGGCCGUCGAGAAGCGCCUUCUCGGCCUCGAACUCGCCCACUGCGCGAGCGCAAACGACUCAAACGCCGCCCAAAACGUCGUCCAGGCGCACGUCGCCCUCCUCACCUCGCGCCUCGCCGAGCUUCUCACGCUCCCGUCGCCGUGGCCCUCCGACCCGUCCGAAUCCGCGGCUGCGUCGAUCCGACUCGCCGCCGGUCUCGGCCUGAUUAGGGCCCUCGUCGACGAGUUUGUCCUCACUCCGCCCUCCGACGCCGCUGCCGCUGCAGAAAACAAGGACCGCGGCAAGGCCAAGGCAGUCGAACCGGGCACCCCCGUCGGCCUCAGCGUCCUCGAGCAUCGGUGGUGCAAGGCCGUCAUCCAGAACCACGUGCUGCCCGCCCUGAUGAGCGCCACCUUCCAGCUCCUCUACGGCGUCAUUUCGACCGACCAGGACAAGGCGGCGGCGUGGCGGAUGGACCUCUUCCCCCAGGCCGUCUCGGCCGUCGAAAAGCUGCUGGACUGGAGCUUCCUCCUCUCGGACCCCUUUGCCAACUUUGGCAGCCCCAUCUUGCCCGACCAGCUCGACGAUGCCGAUGACCAAACCGCUGCCGCCAACGCCUCGGGCGGCGACAAUGGCGGCCGCCAGUACAUCCAGGCGCGCAAGCUGCCCUCGCACUUUGUCGACGUCCUCAUGCCCACCGACGUCGUGUCGCUGCUCGCAACCGCCUACGGCUUCGGCCUGGCCGCGUCGGCCUCGACUCCGAACCGCGACCUCUCCUUUUCUGUCCAUCGCCUCCGACAGUGCCUGCUGCUGGCGUUCAGCUAUGUGCCCGCCGAGCUCGGCGUCGCUCCGGCCACGACCGACGUCGUCGUGCAGCGCGUCAGGCACCUCUCGGCGACGCUCCAGUCGCUCGUCCAGGAGGAAUGCGGCAGCCCGUCGUCGGCGCUGCUCUCGGCGCGCGGCAAUGCGAUGCUCUUCCUCGCCCAGGCCUUUCAGAUCGUCAUCAACGCCAACUCCGUCCGCCUGCUGGCCGAGGCGCUCGGGCCGGGCGGCGGGGCCGACGGCGAUGCCUCAGGCACCGUCGCCUUCCUCGCGGCCCUGUCGCAGUUGGGCAGGUCGAUCUUUGGCCUCGCCUUCCACCGCCCGCGCGACACCGACGAGGAAGACGACCUGGCCGUCCUGGCCGAGGACACGACCGACACGCUGCUGAGCUGCUGGCAGGUGCUGCUCGGCGCCCUCUACCGCGAGGCCGACGACGGGGCGGGCGGCGGCAAGCAGCCCUCUGCGCAGCUCCAAAUCCUCUGGCAGGCGGUCCACGGCAGCAUCCGCGACGAGGUCUUCCACCCGUACGUGACCGGCAGGCUGCAGGCGGCCGCCAUGCCGUCCGACGGCGAUGGCGACGAUGGCGACGCCUCCGAGCACGGCGAGGCCGCCGCCAAGGACCGCGACAUCUAUUCGGACCAGCUCAUCACCAUCGCCGGCCUGGGCAGGCUCUCGGCUGCCGACAACCUCCGCACGCUGCACCAGCUGGCGCAGCCGCUCUGCCAGAUGCUCUCGGCCGUCGCCCAGGGCCAGGCGGCGCCCGGCCCGCAGGAGCUCGAAAAGGUGUGGGAGCAGGCCCACUGGCUUCUGCUGAUUGCCGCCCACCUCGUGGCCGACGAGGCCAAGGGCGAGACGGCCGAGGUGCCAUCGGCCAUUGCCGGCAGCCAGGAGCCCGACGACCCUGCCGUGGGCCUCAUUGUCGAGCUCGGUUUGAACCUGGUGCAGACGCUGUCGAGCCACGGCGCGCGGUCGGCGCAGGCGACGAGCCCGCAGGUGACCGAGACGCUGCUGUGGUUUGUCGCGCGAUGGACGUCGACCUACCUGCUGAUCGACGACCACUCUGGCUUCCCGACCAACGCGGCUAUCCAGCGCACGUUUUCGGGCGACGCCGGUCGCAAGGUGCUCGCGUUCCUGCUGCAGCGGCUGCGCGAGAACCUCGAGCUGUGGAUGUCCGACUCGGACGUGCUGGUGCAGCUGGCGGCCGUCGUCUCGUCCUUCACCCGCUCGAGCGGCAUCAUGCUCCACCUGCUCCAGCUGCCCGAGAUGGAGAGCCUCGUGUCGGCCAUCGUGUCCGGCCUGGACGCGCUGCCGGCCAACACUCACGGCCCGCUGGUGAGCGCCGUGGUAAGCUGCAUCUACAGUGGCGCGUCGUACGUCGGCCAGCAUUCGGGUCGCACCGCCGAGUCGUACUUUGCCCAGAUCACGGCGUCGAUCGAGGCGCGCUUCGGCUCGCUGCUGCAGCGUGCCGACUUUGCGGCCGUCGCCCAGCGCUCCGACGUCAUCGCCGCGGUCCAGACGUCGCUCGACAUGCUCGACGGCCUGGCCGCCAGCGUGCAGCCCAACUCGGCCGACGCCGUCUACGGCUUCCUGUCCAAGUUCUUUCCGGCUUUCAGCCACCUCUGUCGCGUGUACGAGACGAGGCCCGAGGUAUCGCUGUCGGUCGUCAAGGUGCUCCACACGCUCGCCGUCGCCCUCGAGCUCGACUUUGGCGCCGAGCCGUACAUGGUGACGGGCCUCAACGCCGUCACCUGGCAGGUGCUCGAGGCGCUCAAGGGCAAGACGCACCACAGCCUCAUGGUCAGCGACGGCGGAUCGCCGCUCGAAGACGAGGCCGCUGCCGGCGCCGGUGCCGACGACGCGACGCUCUCGCCCGCGCGCACCGCCGACGUGGCCCUGUUUGGCUUCGAGAGCCUCAUUGUGCUGCUCGACGCCGAGCCGCUGGGUGUGCCUCGGGUGCGUCGCGGCCUGGCCAAGCUCGUCUCGAACCUGCUCUCGCUCUUUUCGGACCGCAUCGUCAGCCUCGCGGUCGCCGACGCCGGAGCGGGUGGCCAGGGCCCGCUUGAAAACGUCGUGACGGCCAUCACGCUCAUCCUGACGCAGGACGAGGCCCACGGCGUGUCGUCCGCGCUCGAGGCGCUCACGCCCUUUUCGCGCGCCGUGGUCAAGACGAUGCAGCUGCGCCCGCCGCCGCCGUCGUCGCCGGCGGUCUCGACGCUGCUGUCGGCGCUCGACCACCUGACGACGACGCUGCUGCGGCUGCUGCUGCUCGACCCGCUCGACAGCACGCUCGUCGACCUGGUGCUGACGUCGCUGCGAUCCCUCGUCAUGGCGCGCACCCACCUCCCGCCUUCGCUGCUACCGGCGGCCCAGGAGGGGUUCAGCGCGACGCUGCAGAACUUUAUCGCCACCACCUCGCUCACUUCGUCGGCGUCGUCUCGACCGUCGUCGACGACGGUGGCGACGGGCACGCCUAGCUUUUUGUCCGCCGACGAACCGACGCGGCGCCAGGCAUUGGGCGGGACGGUGGAAAAGAUGGUGGGCGAUGCGCUGGCCUCGCUGCGGCCCGUCAUGGAGGACGGCGAGGUGCGGGCGCCGUGGCUGUACGACGUGGAUCUGAGCGUGGCUCGGACGUGGCAGGCGCGGGAGCGCGGUCAGGUCGGAGCGUUUGUCGAGCGGUGGCGCGGCGACGUGGCGCGGUGCCGUGCCACUGUGCGCGUGCGGUGA